GACUAGUACACUUGCUAAGGUGAUUUUAGUGCAUCACUCAUUUACAUGUAUGAGCUUUUCAAGAUGAAACCGGAGGAGAGCAUUCAAGAUAUGUAUACAAGAUUGAAUGAUAUAGUCACCAAUCUAAAGGCUCUUGGUAAAGUCUAUCCUCCUCAAGAAGUGGUGAGAAAGGUUCUUAGAAGCUUGCCUAAGAGUUGGGAAGCCAAGAAGACGGCAAUUGAAGAAUCUAAGGAUCUCAACACUCUCAAGCUUGAAGAUCUUAUUGGUAAAUUGAUGACAUAUGAGAUAGAAGUGCAAGGUGAAGGUGGAGUUGAAAUAGUUGAGAAGAAGAAGAAGGAUGUUGCAUUCAAAGUUAGCAACCAAAAGAGUGAAGAUGAAGCUAGUGAUGGUGAAAACUUCUCCUCCUUAAUCUCUAGAGAAGUGAGGAGAUUUAUGAAGAAGAAUAUCAAGAGCAAGCUUGCAAGAAGAGAUGAAGGAGAAUCUACCAAAAAGAGUGUGAAAUGCUAUGAGUGCAACAAGAUGGGGCACUAUAGAAAUGAAUGCCCCAAAUUGAAGAAAGGUGAGAAGAAAGACAAGAAGAGCAUAAGAAGAAAGCAUUUGCCGCCACUUGGAGCGAUGAUGAAACUAGCUCAACGGAAAGUGAAAGCUCCUUGGAGAAAGGUGUUGCAAAUCUUUGCUUCAUGGCUCAAGAGGAUAGCAACAAUGAUGAGGAGGUAAACUCUAACUUUUCUAGUUCAAUUAAUGAAAGUUCCUUUGAGUAUUCUUAUGAUGAUUUAUGCAAAAUUCUUGAUUGCUCUAUGAAUGAUAUUAAGAGACUAGGGAAUGAGAAUCUUGCUCUUACUAAAACUAUUUCAUUACU